AAAAACCGAAUUUGGCAUUGUUGUUGCUGUUGAUGUUGUUUAUUCUUCAUUUCACUUUCGUUGCGUCUUUUUGUGCUGUUGUGCCCCUCACAUGAAUAUUCGUAGUCAUCGAAAUUGUUGUGCAUUUAAUUAGCGCCAAAACGAAAUAUAUUUCAUCAUAUAUAUUUGUAUAUAUUAUAUACACAUACGAUUAGAGCAACAAGAAAAAUGAGGACUAGCUGCAGCCAGGAGAGCGAGAGCGGCAACAGAUAAUAAUAGAAGGCUGUGUGUGUGUGUGUGUGUGUGCGUAUCUGUUUGUGUUUUGUGGGUGUGGAUAAGGAGAGGAGAAACGAAGGGGAAGUGUGGUGCAAAAAAACCGGAUAAGCAACUCAUCGAGUCUCCGUUCCCGUCUCCGUCUCCAUCUCCAUAUCCGAGGUCAUGCGUCUACUGCAGUUGUCUUUUUGUUUAAUGGUGCUAUUUGCCCAUAGCAUCUCCGGUGCCAAUAUUCUGACCAUUUUGCCAAGUGUUUGGAAGAGUCAUUAUUUAUUUGGACGAAGAUUACUGCAAGAAUUGGCAACCAGUCCGGCGAAUCAUUCGGUGACCCUUAUCAGUCUGCAUGGCGAAGAGAAUGCCGAAGUUAAUCAAUUGCCCAACAUACGAGAGAUUCGUGUCGACGGACUCAAAGAGAAUUGGCUGGACAUGGGCAUGAGCUAUGAGGCAGAGGAUAUGCGUGCCCAAAGUGUUAUGGAGAGAUUCACCAGAUUGAUCUAUGCAGGCACAACCAAUGUGGAUUUACUAUUGGGCGAUGGUCAAGUAAAGAAACUUCUUACCAGCGGCGAGAGAUUCGACUUGCUAAUUGUCGAUUUGUUUCUAAGCGAUGCCCUGUUGGGAAUGGCUUUCUACUAUGGUGUGCCCACGGUGGCCCUGAGUCCCACUGGUGCCAAUUCUUGGUUAAACAAUAUGUUUGGCAAUCCUCAAGCAUCUUCACUGGAUCCUAGCCAAUUUUUGGCAUUCACAGAACGCAUGAAUACCCGCCAGAGGAUCGUGAAUACUCUAAUGAGCACCUUUGAGCGAUUGACCUACAAUUUCUUCCAUUUGAUCUCCCAGCAAUCAGUUUAUACAAAACACUUUGAGCCUCUGGUCAAGGAAUUGCCACAAUAUCGCGAACUGACUAAAAAUCUUAGUUUGGCUUUAAUUAAUUCCCAUCCUGGCUUGCAUUAUCCAAGAGCCUAUUUGCCCAAUAUGCUGGAAAUUGGUGGAUUGCAUCUCCUCCAAGAGAAAGAUUUGCAAAUACCCAAACAUUUAGAAUCGUUUAUGGCAUCAUCACCACCGGGUGGUGUUAUCUAUAUGAGUCUUGGUGCUGAUAUACAGACCGCUCAGUUGCCUAGCGAAAAAUUGGCCAUAUUUUUAGAUGUCUUUACACACUUGAAGGAAUUCAAUUUUCUAAUAAAAUGGGAAAAAGAUGAAUUUCUGCCUGACUAUCAACUGCCCGAACAUAUAAUCAUUAGCAAUUGGUUGCCACAGCAGGCAAUAUUGGCUCACCCUCAGAUGAAGCUCUUUAUUAGCAGCUGUGGACAGCUAAGUGUUUGGGAAUCAAUAGCUGGACUGACGCCCAUACUUGCCAUACCCAUACUGGCCGAACAGGAGGUGAUGGCCAAACGUUUACAAUUGCAGGGAGUCUCAUUGACUGUGAACUAUGAGGCAAUAGCCUAUGAUGCCCUACUCCAUGGCAUUAGGCAACUGACUCUGAAUCUAACCUAUGGCCAAAAUCUGAAAAAGCUCAAUGGGCGUUUAAUAAGCAAAAAUUUCAAUCCAUCUGCCCGUGCGGUCAGUCAAAUUGAGCUUAUAUUGAACUCUGCAGGAGCAGAUUAUCUAAAAUCACAUGCGAAUGCAUUAAAUUUCUGGUGUGCCGAGGGAAUAGAUGUCCUUUUGAUUAUAACACUUGGUUUUUGUGGUAUCCUAACUAUACCAUUCUUAGCAAUCUGCUGCAUUCUACGAAAAUCGUAUUAUAGUCAAGCGGCAGCUGAUCAUGCACCAUAUAGAGCGACCCUAAAAGCGGUCGGUCGAGUCCAUAGCUAUGGCGAUGGAGGUACUUGUUCUGCAUCUGUCUCAUCGGAGCCAUUGAGGAGAACACGGUCGGCUCAGUCGCUGUCGGCGCGUUCGAGUACAUCCAGUUUUAGUUCCACAAUACCAACAUCGAGCACUUCAACGACCCCAAUGGACUUAACACCACCGCCACCUGGCACACAGAGCUUAAUUAAUGAGCCGCCACUUUUGGAUAUGUAUGUGAAUCCAAGAAUUUUUACAACCAAUCGAGACUCAUAACAACCAGGAUGUUGGUUUGGAUGUCAGCAAAGAAUAUAUAUAUAUAUACAUAUAUACGGAGAUAUCUCUAAGACGGAUACAUUUUAAAUUAUAUUUACCCAUGUACAUACGAGUUUAUCUCGUAUAUGCUAUAUAUAUAUAUAUAUAUAUAUACAUAUAUGUGACUAUAAUUUAGUGGAUUAAGUGUGAUUUUUUAAAGUGUUUCUAUGUUGGUUUUUUUUUUUUUUAUUUUAUGCUCUUCAAAAGUAUGAUUUCCGUGUCCACAUAUCGAUUUCGUUUACAUCACAUUUCAUAUUGUUGUUUCUUCUUUUUAUUUUUUUUUUGGUAUAUAAAAUAUAUCAAUUUUGUUAACGAUAUUCUGCUAGUAUAUAGCUUAGUUAUUAAGUAAAAUUCCCAUAAAUAAAAAGUCAUUAUAGUUAUUUCUCUAUUUCUAUAUCUUAAACAUCACUUUGUUUUAGGAACUUUUAAGUUAGUUAAGAAAUUGAUAUUAUUGUGAUGUUGUGUGACAGAUAUAUAAUACAAAUACGAAUGAUUUUUGUAAACAGCCAUUAAAACAUUAUAGAAAAUUCAUUUGCAAUUUUUUUGGAUAGAUAUUUUUGUAAAAUCUUUUGAAGAGCAUUUCAAAAAAUCGGUUUCCAUCGAUUUUGGCGUUAUUUUACAUUUAAUAUACAUAA